AUGCCACCAAUCACGUUAGACGAAGUCCAAACGGCAGUAACCAACGUGAAGCCCGACAAAGCACCAGGGCCAGAUGGGAUCCCCAAUCUAGUCCUACAAAGGCUGCUCCCUACUAUCGAGGCCUAUCUCUCGACAACAGUCAUCCUUCGCAAGCCUGGAAAGCCUGAUUACUCUGAUCCAAAGGCGUACCGCCCAAUAGCGUUACUGAGCACGAUUGGCAAAGCACUAGAAUCAGUGUUAGCCAGACGUCUCAGCUAUCUAGUGGAGCAAUAUGAUCUUUUACCAAAGCAACAUAUUGGAGGAUGUCGUGGCCACUCAUGCGAACUAGCAAUCCAUCUCUUACUAGAAGAGACCUAUAUUGUGUGGAGAGAGAGCUCACGAGUAGCCUCAGGGCUUGCACUUGACGCAGCAGGGGCUUUUGAUAACGUCAAUCAUAUAAGGCUGAUACACGACCUACGAAAGCGCCGGGUGCCAGAUGACCUGAUUGGCUGGAUUGAGAGCUUUCUAAGUAAUCGCCGCACGUCAAUCACGCUCCUAGGGGGGGCGGAUAGCUGA